GGUUGCUCUGAAAAUAACGGAGAAGAGCGCAAUCAACGAAAAUAAGGAAAUCAUGAGUGAAAUUCGCGCCUUGCGUGGCCUGAAACAUCCCAAUAUCGUGCGGCUAUACGAUGUUAUCGAAACCAACCGGUCUAUUAUACUCGUGUUGGAACUACUGGAAGGAGGUGAACUGUUCGACUAUAUAAUGGCUCGUACCUUCAUUUCGGAACGAGAUGCCCGGCCGUUUGCGAGACAAAUACUGGCGGGCUUGAGUUACUGUCACAACCAGAAGAUCGUGCACCGAGACUUGAAGCUGGAGAACAUGCUAUUGGACGCAGAAGGCCAUCUCAAAAUCGCCGAUUUUGGAUACUCGAAUAUAUACAAUACGGAUUCCGGGCUGAUGUUUCACCGCAUGGGGUCGAUGGACAGCCUAUCCCACGUAGUCGUCGCCGGGCCCAUGAUCGUACGCGGCGAAUCCAAAGAACGUAUUGCACACCUCGACCGCAGCACCGGUGUACCGAAGAGCUCAGUCUCAACUGAUAGCUAUCCCAGUCACAGCCAUACCAAAUCGCUCUCAAUUAGCACACCCAUCCAGACCCCACCACACUGCCAUGCACGCACACGAAGCGUAGGUUUGGAUGUGUGCCUGGAGGUGACCGGGUUUAUAGCACCCAGCCCUGCGGACAGUACAAGACUGAUGUCUAAGUGUAGCCGGAUGUCGCUGGACAUGGGCAAUUGCUCGCCUGUCUCGAGUGUCGAGGACUUCAAUGCACCCCCGCAGUCAAUGGGUCUGGAUAGACAUCCUUCGCCUGGUAUACCUGACUGCCACGGUACCCUCCUCUCCAUACCUCAAGUACUGAUAUCCCGUGUGACACUCCUUGCAGCCAGCAUAGACGAGUUUGCCCCGCGCGCCACCUUUGCCAUCCCCUCUACCAGCAACGCCAAUCUGUACCGAAACAGCUCACCCGUGCUUGAGGAGGAUAGCUCGAGCGGGACAUUGUGUCUGUCUCUGUCGACUGGUUCAACGAGGUCGUCCAGAUGGAAAGAGGGCGAGUUUGACCUGGCGCCCCCUCUCACAAAACCACCGGUCACAAAGCGGCGAAGCCUGCGAAAUAGCUUCCAAAGGCGGCAUAAACCUAGUUUACAAACGUCCAGUCAUGACGAUAUCCUUCAGUCCACAGACUGUAGUCAGCCGCUACCAGAGACUGAAGUCGUUGAAGAAACCUCUUUGACCGUACAGGCACUAGCUUCACCGUCUGUGGUCCGGAAAUCAUCCAUUCUGCAGUACAAAAUGUUCCAUCGCUUGAGUCGAAAAGCCACCAAGGAAAACUUUGGCUCCGACACUAGGUCCAGUCCAGAGGUGUCUCAGAUAAAUGCCACCCCGAGCCCUGCGUCCACAGCCUCGAUGUCGAUGGGGGAUGACGGCCAAUAUCCCGACCUCGACCUCAAGGCGCGUGUGCAGACGCUCAACGCAGGAAUGUUCCGAACUUCCACGACGUCCAACAAGUCCGCCAAUAAGAUCCUCGAAGAGAUAAAGAAAGCAUGUUCUGCGAAUAAGAUCAAGUGGGUGCAGGAGGGCAUGCUGGUGGUGUGUGUACUGAACUUGGAUAGUAAUAAGAAGGUUAGCAAACUCUUCAAGAAGCUUUUAGAGGAGAAUGGCAUGAACCGUGAGGCGACCAUCCGGUGGGAGAUGGAGGUGGUGAAGAUAGAACGGCUUAAACACUUGCACGGAAUCAAACUUAAGCGAACGGGAGGCGACAUAUGGCUAUACAAACAAGUGUGCGAGCGUCUCAUCAAUCAAAUGAGACUCUAA